AUGCCUCUGUCACUCAUCCCCAGGUGCACGCGGCUGCCCAUGGAGCGGGUGGGGAAGUGGCUGGGCCGCCCCCGGGAGAUCUACAACCUGCUGCGGUUUAAGAUGGGUGGCGGCGCAGCAGUGAUGCCCCCACUGGACCAGGACGCGCUCAGCGACAACCUCAAGACCUGCUACAAGCACCUGAAUCAGACCAGCCGGAGCUUCGCCGCCGUCAUCCAGGCUCUGGACGGGGAGCUGCGUCAUGCUGUGUGCAUAUUGUACCUGGUACUCCGAGCUCUGGACACUGUAGAAGAUGAUAUGACCAUCAGUUUAGAAACCAAGGUCCCAAUGUUGCAUGAUUUCCACUCCUAUCUAUAUCAGCCAGACUGGAGAUACGUAGAGAGCAAGGAGAAGUAUAAGCAAGUGCUUGAGGACUUCCCAACGAUCUCCUUGGAGUUCAGGAACCUGGCAAAGGUGUAUCGAGAUGUGAUUGCAGAUAUUUGUCACAAGAUGGGAGCUGGUAUGGCAGAGUUCUUGCAAAAGAAGGUUGAUUCCCUGCAAGAGUGGGAUAAGUAUUGUCACUACGUUGUUGGGCUGGUGGGCAUUGGCCUUUCCCGUCUGUUCUCUGUGCUGGAGCUAGAAGACCCUAUCAUAGGACAGGACACAGAGCUUGCAAAUUCCAUGGGCGUCUUCAUUGAGAAAACCAUCAUCAUCCGUGAUUAUCUGGAGGACCAGUUGGCAGGAAGAGAAUUCUGGCCCAGAGAGGUUUGGAGCAGGUAUGCCAAGAAGCUGUCGGAUCUCGCCAAGCCAGAGAACAUUGACAUGGCCGUCCAGUGUAUGAAUGAACUGAUCACAAAUGCAUUGCACCACAUCCCCGAUGUCCUCACCUACUUAUCUAGACUGAAAACCCAAAGUGUCUUCAACUUCUGCGCUAUUCCGCAGGUGAUGGCCAUCGCCACUCUGGCGGCCUGUUACAAUAACAAACAGGUGUUUAGGGGGGUGGUGAAGAUUCGGAAAGGACAAGCUGUCACUUUAAUGAUGGAUGCCACAAACAUACAGGCUGUCAAGUCUAUAAUGUACCAGUAUGUGGAAGAGAUCUAUCGGAAGAUCCCAAGCACAGACCCGUCUUCUAACAAGACCCGGCAGAUCAUUGUCUCUAUCCAGACAAUAUGUUUGCCCAACGGCACGGUGGUCUACCGUAACCAUUACUCCCACAUCUACCUCUCAUGCGCCAUGCUUCUGGCAGCGCUGAGCUGGCAGUAUCUGAGUGCGAUGUCAGAGGCGUUGGAGGAGGACAUACAGGCCAAUGAGAACUGAGGGUUGGUUGGGUGAAGGCAGUGGUUGGGUAAUGUUGGGAACGGGUUCAUGUCUCUUUCCUAUUGGGUCUGCUGCCCUGUGGGAUUCCAAACUGGCAUGGGCCCUUGAAGCUGGUUGACCUGCAGCUAUUGGGCGUAUUGCAGCCACUAGCUCGUAGCUGGCAGCCGGAGUCAGGCGUUUUCGUUGUUCGGAUGAACAGGUUACAAAUGCGACAGUUGGAGUCUCUUUGUGGGAAACGGUGUUUUACCUGAAUUCUGACUGUGAUAUUUUUAAAUAGAAAUUCAGAUUGCCUCCCUUGAUUUUGACACCUUUUUUCAAUACAGGGCUCUGUGCCAUCAGCAUUUGUGGUUUUCCUCUCUCCUCUUCCCGUGCUUCGUAUUCUUACCCCACUGCUCAGCAAUUGUAAUGGUUCCAACUUGCGUCAUUGGGCUCGGAAGCUAACCUUUCCUCAGACUGAGGAACUCUUCAGUACGCCGGG